UUUCGUUUGCACUGAUUUCACUCUGAAAUAUUUUACAUUUCAAUUCAAUUUUUCUUUUUUAGCUGUAUUUUGGGGUGAUAUUGCCUUAGAUGAUGAAGACUUAAAUAUCUUUCAAAUAGAUAGGACGAUUGAUCUUACACAGAAUCCUUUUGGACAGUUUGGACAUACCACAGGUGGACUUGGAGAUCAUGGUGUAUCAAAGAAACGAGGAGCCCUCUACCAGCUUAUAGACAGGAUCAGAAGAAUCGGCUCUGGCUUGGAGCAAAACAGCACAGUUAAGGGAAAAGUACCUCCAAAAUUCUCAGGGCCAAAUGAGAAAAACCGAGUUCCCAGAGCUGCCACAUCAAGAACUGAGAGAAUCUGGCCUGGAGGGGUUAUUCCUUACGUUAUUGGAGGCAACUUCACUGGCAGCCAGCGAGCCAUGUUCAAGCAGGCCAUGAGACACUGGGAAAAGCACACGUGUGUGACUUUCAUUGAAAGAAGUGACGAAGAGAGUUAUAUUGUAUUCACCUACAGGCCUUGUGGGUGCUGUUCCUAUGUGGGGCGAAGGGGAAAUGGACCUCAGGCAAUCUCCAUUGGCAAGAACUGUGAUAAAUUUGGAAUUGUUGUUCACGAGUUGGGUCAUGUGAUAGGCUUUUGGCACGAGCACACGCGGCCAGAUCGAGAUAACCAUGUAACCAUCAUAAGAGAAAACAUCCAGCCAGGUCAAGAGUACAAUUUUCUGAAGAUGGAACCCGGCGAAGUGAACUCACUUGGGGAAAGAUACGACUUUGACAGCAUCAUGCACUAUGCCAGGAACACCUUCUCAAGGGGGAUGUUUCUGGAUACGAUUCUCCUCCGCGAUGAUAAUGGCAUACGUCCCGCCAUCGGUCAACGCACGCGUUUAAGUAAAGGAGAUAUUGCACAGGCAAGAAAGUUGUAUCGAUGUCCAG